AUGGGCAAAAACACCGCCCUCAGAGCCUUGUCUCUGGCUGCCUCUGUCUCAGCGUCAACCCUGUACUCGACAUACAACUUUAAUCCUCUACACCAUCUCACCGGCAUCGCGCCCUACUUCGAGCCACAGGACCCUGCCGCAUCUCCAGAUGCUCCUCAAGGGUGCACCGCCGAGCGGGCGGCCUACCUCGUCCGCCACGCCGCCAUCUACGCCAACGACUUCGACUACGAUGCGUACAUCGAGGGCUUCGUCGCCAAGCUGGGCAACAGCACCGUCGACUGGACCAAGGUCCCCGAGCUGAGCUUCCUCGCCGGCUGGAGCGCGCCCAUCAGCGACGCCGAGGUCUCCGUGCUGACCCGCGUCGGCCGCCUCGAGGCCACCCAGCUCGGCGUCGACCUCAGCUUCCGCUACCCCAACUUCAGCGCCCCGCGGCAGGUCUGGACGUCUUCGGCGUCGCGCACGGUACAGUCGGCCAAAUCAUUUGCGCGGGGUCUGGAAAAGGACGAGGGCAGCGGGGGAAUUGAGGUUCGCAGCGUCUACGAGUCCAAGGAGGCCGGCGCGGACAGCCUGACGCCGUACAAGGCGUGCCCGGCGUACUCGUCGUCGGCGGGCAGCGACGAGUCGGACGAGUUCACCGGCAAGUUUACGAAGCCGAUCGUGGCGCGCCUGAAGCAGGCGGCGCCUGGGUUCAACUUCACGGACAAGGACAUCUUUGGCAUGCAGCAGCUGUGCGGCUACGAGACGGUGAUUCGCGGAAAGUCACCGUUUUGCGACCUGAAGCUGUUCACGCCGGACGACUGGCUGGCCUGGGAGUACUCGGAGGACAUUAGAUACCACUACAACGUCGGCUACGGGAGCAGCAUCGCCGGAUACAACGGCCUGCCCUGGCUGAAAGCGACCGGGGAGCUUCUCAUGAGCAAUCCCACCAACAGCAGCGCGAAUAGCAGCAGUUCUGUGGACGAUCUGCUGGUGAGCUUCACGCACAGAGAGAUGCCUCCCAUGGUCAUCGUCGCCAUGGGUCUCUUCAACAACUCCGAUUUUGGAGGCGCGCCAAAUGUCAACGACACCAUGCCCACGGAUCGCAUCAACUAUCGUCGCGCGUGGAAGAGCUCCAACAUCCUACCCUUUCUGGGCAACAUAGCCAUUGAGCGUCUCCGGUGCAGCAGCAGCUACGGCUAUGAGGACGGCGAGUUUUAUAGAGUGUUGGUGAACAGCUCCCCGCAGCCGCUGCCUAGCUGCGCAGACGGGCCGGGCACAAGCUGCUCCCGCGACGCAUUCGGCAAGUACCUGCAGCAGCGGGCGGACAUGUUCACCGGAUUUACGGGGAAAUGCGAUGCGACAUACAAGAACAGCACAGAUACAAUGUCAUUGUAUAGCGCGAGGAAUAGCAGCACAAUGCCCUGA